AUGAGAACUUACUGCUACUUCUUGCUGCUCUUUUGGGUUGGUCAGCCCUACCCAACUUUCUCUACUCCCUUAUCUAAGAGGACUAGUAGUUUCCCAGCAAAGAGAAGGGCCCUGGAGCAGCUCUCCGGAAACAGCAAAAAUGAGCUGAACCGUUCAAAAAGAAGCUGGAUGUGGAAUCAGUUCUUUCUCCUGGAGGAAUACACGGGAUCUGAUUAUCAGUAUGUGGGCAAGUUACAUUCAGACCAGGAUAGAGGAGAUGGAUCACUUAAAUAUAUCCUUUCAGGAGAUGGAGCAGGAGAUCUCUUCAUUAUCAAUGAAAACACAGGUGACAUACAGGCCACCAAGAGGCUGGACCGGGAAGAAAAACCUGUUUACAUCCUUCGAGCUCAAGCUAUAAACAGAAAGACAGGUAGACCUGUGGAGCCCGAGUCUGAAUUCAUCAUCAAAAUUCAUGACAUCAACGACAACGAACCAAUAUUCACUAAGGAGGUUUACACAGCCACUGUCCCUGAAAUGUCUGAUGUCGGCACAUUUGUUGUCCAAGUCACUGCAACUGAUGCUGACGAUCCAACGUAUGGGAACAGUGCUAAAGUUGUCUAUAGUAUCCUCCAGGGACAGCCCUAUUUUUCAGUUGAAUCAGAAACAGGUAUCAUCAAGACAGCUUUGCUCAACAUGGAUCGAGAAAACAGAGAGCAGUACCAAGUGGUGAUUCAAGCCAAGGACAUGGGCGGCCAGAUGGGAGGAUUAUCUGGGACCACCACAGUGAACAUCACGCUGACUGAUGUCAAUGACAAUCCUCCCCGAUUCUCCCAGAGUACAUACCAGUUUAAAACCCCUGAAUCUUCUCCACCGGGUACACCAGUUGGCAGGAUCAAAGCCAGUGAUGCUGACAUGGGAGAAAAUGCUGAAAUUGAGUACAGCAUCACGGAUGGUGAGGGGCUGGACAUGUUUGAUGUCAUCACUGACCAGGAAACCCAGGAAGGGAUCAUAACUGUCAAAAAGCUCUUGGACUUUGAAAAGAAGAAAGUGUACACCCUCAAAGUGGAAGCCUCCAAUCCUCACGUUGAGCCCCGAUUUCUCUACCUGGGUCCAUUCAAAGAUUCAGCCACGGUUAGAAUCAUGGUAGAGGAUGUAGAUGAGCCUCCUGUCUUCAGCAAACUGGCCUACAUCCUACAAAUAAGAGAAGAUGCUCAGAUAAACACGACAAUAGGCUCCGUCACAGCACAAGAUCCAGAUGCUGCCAGGAAUCCUGUCAAGUAUUCUGUCGAUCGACACACAGAUAUGGACAGAAUAUUCAACAUUGAUUCUGGAAAUGGUUCGAUUUUUACAUCGAAACUUCUUGACCGAGAAACACUGCUAUGGCACAACAUUACAGUGAUAGCGACAGAAAUUAAUAAUCCAAAGCAAAGUAGCCGAGUACCUCUAUAUAUUAAAGUUCUAGAUGUUAAUGACAACGCCCCAGAAUUUGCUGAGUUCUAUGAAACCUUUGUCUGUGAAAAAGCAAAGGCAGAUCAGUUGAUUCAGACCCUACACGCUGUUGACAAGGACGACCCUUACAGUGGGCACCGAUUCUCAUUCUCUUUGGCCCCUGAAGCAGCCAGUGGCUCAAACUUCAGUAUUCAAGACAACAAAGACAACACAGCGGGCAUCUUAACUCGGAAAAAUGGCUAUAAUAGACACGAGAUGAGCACCUAUCUCCUGCCUGUGGUCAUUUCAGACAACGACUACCCAGUCCAAAGCAGCACUGGGACAGUGACUGUCCGGGUCUGUGCAUGUGACCACCACGGGAACAUGCAGUCCUGCCAUGCGGAGGCCCUCAUCCACCCCACGGGCCUGAGCACGGGGGCCCUGGUUGCCAUCCUUCUGUGCAUCAUGAUCCUACUAGUGACGGUGGUGUUGUUUGCAGCUCUGAGGCGGCAGCGAAAAAAAGAGCCUUUGAUCAUUUCCAAAGAGGACAUCAGAGACAACAUUGUCAGCUACAACGACGAGGGUGGCGGAGAGGAGGACACCCAGGCCUUUGAUAUCGGCACCCUGAGGAAUCCCGAAGCCAUGGAAGACAGCAAACUACGCAGGGACAUUGUGCCCGAAGCCCUUUUUCUACCCCGACGGACUCCAGCAGCUCGCGACAACACCGAUGUCAGAGAUUUCAUUAACCAAAGGUUAAAGGAAAAUGACACAGACCCCACUGCCCCGCCCUACGACUCCUUGGCCACCUACGCCUACGAAGGCACUGGCUCGGUGGCCGAUUCCCUGAGCUCGCUGGAGUCGGUGACCACGGAUGGAGACCAAGACUAUGACUACCUUAGUGACUGGGGACCUCGGUUCAAAAAGCUCGCAGACAUGUACGGAGGGGUGGACAGUGACAAGGACUCCUAA